AUGAAGUUUGAAAACUUCACUGUUUUUACUGAUUUUGUCUUGUUAGGACUUUCUUGCAGACAGGAUGUGCAACAGGGCCUUUUUGCUUUGUUCUUCCUUGUUUAUGGCUUAACUAUAAUUGCUAAUCUAGGGAUGGUCAUAUUGAUUAAACUGGACAUCAGGCUUCAUACACCUAUGUACUACUUCCUGAGCAAUCUGUCCUUCUGUGACAUCUGCUACUCCUCCACUGUUUCUCCCAAGAUGCUGGCUGAUUUCUUAUCUAAAGAGAAGAGGAUUGCCUACAAUUUAUGUGCUGUUCAAAUGUAUUUUUUCGUGGCCUUUGCAGAUGUAGAAUGUCUCAUGCUAGCUGUCAUGGCCUAUGAUCGUUAUGUCGCCAUCUGCAAACCCCUGCUCUAUACAAUUGCAAUGUCCAAGAAGGUCUGCAUCCAGCUUGUGGCUGUUACCUAUGCAGUAGGCUUGGUGGACUCAGCAAUCCACACAUCCUGUACAUUCCGAUUGUCCUUCUGCAAUUCAAAUGUCAUCAAUCACUUUCUCUGUGACAUUCCACCUUUGCUGGCACUCUCCUGCUCAGAUACAUCCAUCAAUGAAAUACUGCUGUUCACGUUUAGUACCUUCCUGCUAGGGUGCAGCAUUGUCAGUGUCCUUCUGUCCUACUGCUACAUCAUUGCUACCAUCUGCAGGAUGAACUCUGCUGAGGGCAGACGCAAAGCAUUUUCCACAUGUGCCUCCCACCUCAUGGCUGUGGCCAUUUUUCAUGGAACUCUGCUUUUCAUGUAUUUCCGACCCAGCUCAAGUUACUCCAUGGACACAGACAAAAUGGCCUCUGUUUUCUACACAGUUGUGACUCCUAUGUUAAACCCACUGAUCUACAGUUUAAGAAAUCAGGAUGUGAAGGGGGCUCUGAAGAAGGCAAUCAAUAUUAACUUGUGGCCUGGGUGA